AUUCCAAGGCAGGAAAGUCCUCUUACUGAUGUCUGAACUAAAGGUCUUCGCUCUCGAGGCAAUUAUCAAAGAACAGCCUAGCUCCGGUAAGUAAUGAUUGCUGUUCCACUGUCGAUAUGCCGAUUCGCUUCUGUACUGAUGAUCUCCGAGGUCCCCUGAUAACGCUCGCCCAAUUCCUCCUGACUGCAAUCGUUACCGUUCCGGAUUUCAUUUCUCCAUCUGCCGGGUUUCGUUCCUUGUACCUUAGACCACGUGCCAUCCCUCUGAGAUCCUGGGUUGUCUAUACAGCUUUCUUCAUCAGCGUCAACCUUUUAAACAACUGGGCAUUCGCAUACAAGAUAUCCGUUCCCCUACAUAUCAUCCUUAGGUCGGGAGGCCCUGUGGCGUCCAUGAUCAUAGGCUACAUUUUCAAUGCUAAGCGGUACACACGGGGUCAGAUGCUCUCUGUGCUCAUGCUUACAUUGGGCGUCGUUGCUGCUGCACUGGCAGACGCCAGAGCGAAAGGUCAAUCAGUCAACGUCCAAGGCGCAUCGACGAUGUCAACAAUGACAGGAUUUACAGUUCUUGCUGUAGCGAUGGUCCUGUCUGCCUUCCAAGGGAUCUACGCUGAUCGACUUUACGAGAAAUAUGGCCGGAACCACUGGAAAGAGGCUCUCUUCUAUUCUCAUGUACUCUCACUGCCUCUCUUUUUACCCACUUAUCCACAGGUCGCCACCCAAUGGCGAGCGUUAUUACUUUCACAUACGUCAAAUGGACCAGCUCUAUCUCGGGAUUCUACAGCAACAAAGGGAAACUGCGGUUCACCAUGUAUAGCCUCGAUUGCCAACAAAAUUAUCCAGCUUUCAGUACUGAAAUUGGAUCCUGACCCUUCGCAAUUGAUCCUCGCAGCAAUACCAACACGUUUGAUGUACCUUGUGAUAAAUGCAUUGACUCAAUACUUGUGCAUUCGUGGGGUACAUCUUUUGUCUGCAAAAACGUCUUCGCUAACCGUGACUAUCGUCCUAAACAUUCGCAAACUUGCCUCACUCUUGUUGUCUAUAUAUAUUUUCGGGAAUUCUCUCGCGCCAGGAAUCCUUGUUGGUGCCCUAUUGGUAUUUCUCGGUGGUGCCUUAUAUGGCUAUGAAGGGGCACGUGGCAGAAAGUCACAUUUAAAGAAAGAAUAAACUCAAAUCUCAUGUGCCGGAUAGAGUUCAUUGCCUGGAUAUCAUCAAGCUCUUUUGUCCUCUUGCAAUGUUCAGAUUUGCUGUAUCGAUUGAUGCAAUUCUACACGGUCUAAUGUACCUGCAGACUGAAUUUGAUAGCACAAAGGAGUCUACGCUGUUAGGGCUAACUUAAUAAGCGUCGUUGUGGGAAGAAAACAAUCUUAGUAUAUGAUACAACAGUGCCACGGUGUUUUUUUCUCCUAGAAAGAGGCUAACCUUGGCGAUUUCAGGUGAUGAAGACUGUGGAAAACAACGUCAUCAAUGCUUCUUAAUGGUCUGCGGCUGACCUUCCUUGAUCAAAUGUUCUACAAGACCU